CCCGGGACUGCAAUUACAAUAAUCAACCAAUUCUUCCAGGUGGUUGAGACGAUAGCAGGCAUGCAGGACAAGUUUCUAGGAGUUUUCUCCCAGGAAGGGAAUCCUAUUAUGAGAAUUACAGAGGUUCUGGUCGCUAAAUCUUCCAGCCUCUCCAGAAUCAUUCCUGCUAAACUCAAACUAGCGAUGCGUAUAGAAGAAGAAAGCAAAGACUUGGGAAGAAUGGGAGAGGAAAUAUUCGAGUGUAUUGGAGAACUUAUUGAAGCAAAGAAGGAUCUUUUAGACAAGGUUACUGAACUUCUUACUUCUACCUUAGAGUUCCUUCAGAACCUGUCCCCUGAAGGGGUCAAUUUAUUACAGUUAAUACAAACAGUAGGGGAUGGAGAACUAUAUAAACUAUUAAACCUUGGACCAAUACAGUUUAAGGGUUCCGAUAUAGGUGGACAAAAUAUAAACUCCGCUCUUACAUCUGCUUUGAGAAAUAAUAAUCCAGGUUUUUUGGGAAUAUCAUUGAAAUCUCUUCUAGUUGAUACUUCCAGUCCUAGAUACUCAGGUUCUAGGACUGGACAAGUGAAUUCUGCUUUGGCAGGAAAACUGAAGAAUGCCAUCUUGGGAGUUCGGAGUACACUUGUUGCACGACAAGGAGAAAUCAUCUUAGAUACAUUUCUCCCUAAUUUAAAAUUAGGAACUAGGUGUAAGAAUGAGAUUAGGAUAGAAAAAUCUCGGGUAGUUGCGCGGGUGCGCAGAACCAGUUUAGUGUCCAGCACUGUAGGGUUCACUGUGUACAACAGAGGUCAGCCGACCCUGGACAUAAUCAAGUUUGGACAUUUGCACACCGACCUCUUCCUUAACGGAGGUCUUCAUCUCAGCCUCGGGCAACCUGUAUUCAACAAGUGUCUUCAGAAGGUUGAGACUAGAAUGCCACUUGUUGUAUCAGGAGAUGGUGAAGCUGAGAUUAGUGCUAAAAUAAUACUCAGUAAUAUUAGAAUACAGAUGCGACCUGUGGCUGCCGAUAUUGUCCCGGGCAUUAAAAACCCGAUCAGAAACCUACCGAUAGGCGAAAUAAGACCCCAUCUUGUGGUUGAGUACAGACUGCGUCUCCAAGGAACUCUAGAAAGUGUGAAUGUUCACAAAUUCAAACUCAGCGGAUGUGAAGUUAAACUUCUUGGGCUAAAUCUCUUCUCCUACUGUUCGUUUAUAGAGAAAAUUGUUAUGAGUGAAUUGAAGAAAGGAAUAGGGAAAACAGUUCCAAUAUCCGCCAACCCUGCUCUAGAAAAUAUACAGGAGAUGAUCAAAUCCAGGUUUGGAACUGAGUUAUAUCUUCCACUAGUGUUUUCUAAUAAUAACCUAUUUGAACCUGUACAGAGAGUUAUCAGGAAAACACAGAAGUUAAUAAAUCUUAAUAGACAGUUAUUCGGACGGGUGUCAGGUCUUGCAGGAGAGUUUAGAAUUCUGGAUGUUUUAUAAUUCGUUUCAGAAUAGUUUACAUCAGUACUUUUAUAUACUGUACUGUACUGUACAGUGUACAACCUUUCAUCAGAGCUUUUAUUGUACCGA